CUACGAUCACAAAGUAGCUCAAGUUUUAAACAAAAUGUUUGCAAAAUGCAAAAAUGGAACGUAGGUCGCGGAUGUCUGAUUUUGACAUUCAAAAAAUUGGCGAAAUCGUGUGACGGAAUCAAAACAUCGGAAUAUUUUGUUGAUAAAUUAAAAGUAUUUAUAUUUGUAAAACUUACUUUAAUGAAUAUUUUUACUAUUAACGGGACGGAAAAAAUAAUAUUUAGUGUUCAGUAAUGCCACCGGGUAGAAAACGUUGGAAUAUUCAUGAUGGUCCACAAGGGUCCCUCAGAAGGCUCCGGAACCAGCUGGCCGAGGACGGCUGUGCUGAAUCACAAGUAGUUCUCGCUAAACAACUGUUGGAAGAAAAAUGUGAACUUGAAGCUGAUAAGGUGUCAAAUUUCAAGCAGGCCUUAGAAUGGCUUAUUUGUGCCACAGAGCAAGCCCACCCUGAGGCCAGGAGGAUGUUGCGCAGGUGCAUCCGCAGCGGUGUGAUAGAGGAGGACAGUGCCGCGAUAGUCCGCGCUAAAUCUUGCCUCGCGGCGAGUCGGCAGGAGACCGUAGCGAGAAAAGCUGCCAGAGACCUGUUUGCGAGUUUGUCAAACGGCGAGGAGUACAUAACGACAGCGCAGCUCGAGAGACGCAUCCGGGAGAUCUGCAACACAACGCUGCAAAAGGACGACAGUACUGACGAUGACUCGCCAGAAGAAGCCCCCGCGUUGGACGGAGGACACGCUCUGGAGCCCUCACUACACGGCCACGGAGACGUUCCCAAUGGAACCAUCAGGACGCACCCUAUUGCUGACGAAGAUUACGAAGACCCCUGCAACAAGGCAGUAAUCCGCAACUUGACAGUUGACAACCUCGUGACAGCGGCCGUUGACUACUGUCAAGGCGAACUUCCCCUCGUCAGCUACGAACUCACUUUGACAGACCCCAGUGUCAAAUCUCUAGACCAUGUCCCCCUAUUACAACAAGCAUUCCUACACCCAAUAGUCUUCAUACAAGUGUUAUACUUGAAACUAUUAUAUUACUUCGGUUCUUUUACGUUUACACUGUCCAAUAUUGAAUUGUCAUUAGUUUUAAUAGCAUAUCUAUCUGUCAGUACCGAUAGUUUAUACCAUUUGGUGCCACUGGUUCUAUACUAUAUUAGUUUCGUAGCGAUGGUAAUAUGUACAUUCAAAAUGUUUCACGCGAAACGGCAGUUUAUCGAUUUUCGAAAAUGGUCCGGACUAUUUUUGAGAUAUAGCGAUGGUAAUCUACAGCCGGAUGAAUCUGAAAAUCUGUUUGUUAGAAAUAAUUUGGGACCUUUUCUUCAAUUUUUCCUGGCAUUAUUUAUUAAUUUAUUCCUGUACCCUUUUAUAGCUACCCAAUGGGUACCUUUUUCUGAAUUCUGCGUGCUAUCAUUCUCCUUAAUGUUUCUAUCGUUACUAUCUUUUGGUACAAAUGGUAGUCCAUACCCAGAUCUCUUAGCGUUACUAUCUUUCGGUAUAAAUGUAUUAGCCAAAUAUCCAUAUGAAAAAGAUACAGUAGUCCAUCAAGGCUGGCGUUUUUUAGAUCUCCAUAUAUCCAAUUAUCCAUUCUAUAUCCUUGGUAAUAGCAUUGAAUUUUGCUUGAACGCUCGUAUGUUCUUUUCCCUACUCAUCCCUGUUAUAUUAAUCUUUAUGGCUAAACGGAGUAAUUGGCAAGGAUUUUUCAAAUACACGCUACCGCAUUGUGUGACUUUGAGUUGGUUACAGAUGUUCAUAAUGUGUUCGCAUGGUUGUACCACGUAUGGUCUUAUUCGGGGUACAUUAGGGCUGGUGUGUUCGUUCUUGUUUUUACCCUUGAUUGGGGUAAUAACGUUGACGUUGCCUAUAUUCGCGUGUAUGCAGUAUAUAACGAUAUCUAGAAUGUUCUAUGCGGCGUCCAUAGUGGUUGGGUUUCUCGUCAGUUUGGUUGUGACGUGUUUGUUGGCUAAAAUGGAGGCUACGAAGAAAUUCGUCACGCCGUUUCAGCUCAUAUUCGGCCUCGCCACCCUCAUAUACUUCGGCAACCAGUUCUCGAACAUCCAAGACGACGGCCUACCCUCCGGCCUAGUGGAGAUGCUGGGCGACAAAGCAGCCAUUAAGAAUCUGCUGAAAAACGACUUUGAAUACGAGGAUAGUGCGUACCAUGUGAACUGGGAGGACUAUUAUACGCAAUGUAAUUCACCGUCCUGGCUAGAAUCCAACAUGGCGGCCACUCAGAUGAAGUGCUCCGUGUUGGACGGAGCCCACGUCAACUGGGAGGGCUACGUUAAAGAAGUUCGGUUGAAAUCUCUCACCAACCGGUGGGACGACUUCGCUUCGUGGUUGCCGAUAUUCUUGCAAGAAUUUUUCAGAUGUUAUUAUGGCGAAGAAUACACAACGCUAUGCCAAAGCGGUGUCUCUGUGAAGGAAUGCCAGUUCGUGCGGAACGCGGCGAGGCACAGCGGGAAGAUAUGCCAUCUGAACAGGUUCAACGAAUACACAUACGAAAUAACAGUUCUAAUGGAAACCACCGGCCUACUCGCUCGGCAAGCGGAAAUCAACCUAAUCUACGACCACCAUUUCACCAACUACACCCGUCUCCUUCACUCCAACGAGCACAUCCGGUUCCGGGGCGUCCUCUCCAACCUAGACUUCAAUAUAGGCUCUAAAACCCUUAAAGUCCUAGGCUACGAACUCCAAUGCCUAGACUGUAAGGACGCUAGAGGUAGUGUUAGCUCUAAAACGCCAUCUAUGAGUAAGUUUUCGGAACUAUUUAAAACUAUAGCGAACGAUUGUGUUGUGUCGAGUAAGAAUGUAUUGAAUUUCUUGUUUAAUCCUAUCGUUGUGUUUAAAUAGUUUAAUAUGACAAAAUUAAACUGUGUGACAAAAUUUUCAUACGAAAGUAAAAAAAGUGUAUAUGAUACUCGGAUAUUUUAAUAUUGUAAAAGUCAGUAUGACACUAAAAUUGUAUUAAUAUUUCAGUUGGUUCAAUUUUAAAAUUGUUGAUUUUUUUCUCAUAACUUGUUGAUUACCGCCUUGGUGGUGUUUUAACUUUUUUAGAUCCACUAGCACCGUUCACUAACCUGGGUUUAACCGGUUAAACCUGGAGUUACACAGGUUACCAGUACGGUUUAACCGGUUAACCCCGGGUUAGUGGGAUGGUGCAAGUGGCGCUUAGAGACAGACCAUUUCUAUACUGCAAAACGUAAUUCAAGACCAAAAAAAAUAAGAAAAUGUUGCCAAUUUUUACUAGCAUGUCUUGUAUUUAUGUAAAAAUAAGUAAAUAUAAGUACUUUUUUAAAUCGUAGGAGUAAAACUACUAAUAAAUAAAUUAUCUUAGCGUGAUUAUUUAUCAAAGGGAAUUUACUAUUUUACAAACAAAUUAUUACAGUGGCAACAUUGUCUUACUUUUUUAGUGUUGCGUACAAAACUUUGUUCACGGAACACUUAUUGGGAUCACUUCGGUCUUGUUUGGUCUUGAAUUACGUUUUGUAGUUUAGACUAUGUACCCCUACGAGGUGUUGUUUCUAUAAGUACCUACUAAUGUGCCCUCGAAAUGUUUCCAUAAUCGGAAAAUUUCCACAUAGAAAAAUUUCGGAGCCUUCUUAUAUUAUAUGGUAUGAAAAUUUCGUGAGCAUGUUCAAUAUUUAGUUUUUUUUUGUUGCAUCAGUUAUUGGAAAUUAUUCAAAAUUGCGCAGCCAUACAUUCGUUCAGUUUUAAGUUAUGGUCGCUAGGUCUACAGCUCAAAGAGCCACUUGUCUACCAUUCAUAGAAAUUUUGCUGUUGAUACAUCACCACAGGGUAUAGUUGUUAGGUUUGUAGCUGGCCCCGAAAGGCUAAUCCAUUGUCUAAUUGUUAAUUAAAACCGCACCUGUACAAAAAAACAGGCCAAGUGCGAGUCGGACUCGCGUUUCUAGGGUUCCGCACAUAAGUCCGACUCACGCUUGACUGGACAAUUCUAAUAGGUUUUCCUGUUAUCUAUAGGUAAAGAACUAUGUUGUGUAUUUUUUUCAAAAUUUUAGACCCAGUAGUUUCGGAGAUAAAGGGGGGGGGGGAAUGGUAAUUUUUUGGCUAUUUUCUUAAAUAACUGCGAACCUAUGUAUUUUAAAAUAAAAUAAAAAAUACGUCCAUCUUUGGGUCACUAAUUUACAUAUGUGUACCAAAUUUCAACUUAAUUGGUCCAGUAGUUUCCGAGAAAAUAGGCUGUGACAGACGGACGCACGAGUGAUCCUAUAAGGGUUCCGUUUUUUUCUUCUGAGGUACGGAACCCUAAAAACCGAUUUAAACGGCCCAAACAUUUUUUUUUGUAGGUAAGUAGCACGUGCGGUUUCACUUAACAAUAGACAAAAGACUAGCCUUUCGGGGCCAGCUACAAAUCUAACGACUAUACAGUCAGCAACAGAAGUUUCUAAGCGGGCCAGGUAUUCAAAAUGUUCUUGACGCGACUUUAUUGUUAAGAGAAUAAGAGCGUGUCAAGGUAAUUUUGAACACCUCGCCCGCUUAGCAACUUCUGCUCGUGACUGUACAGUAAGCAUAGAUUAAAAUAUAAAUUGUUAAGACGGUAUAGAAGUAUUUUAAUAAAUGUUUAAUAUAUAAUUUAUAAUAUGUAAAUCGGGUAUAAUAUAUGAAAUCGUAUGAUGCUCUCAUUCAUGUGACAAUAGAUAUAAUGAAAUGUCAGUGUUAUUAAUAAAUGAAUAUUUUAAUUUAA